GCGAAAAAAUGAGGAAUUGAAGAAGAAGAUAGGUGCAUUUAUGAAUCAAACGGGCGAUGAUAAGGUCAUGUAUUUUCAAAGGAGAUAAUGGACCUGCCCAAGCAAGUGACGGACAAGCAAGUCAACGAGGACGCGUUAUUCGCGUUGAAGCAAGAGAUUAAUGAGAUGAAGCUGUCGUCUUAUGCAAAGGUGAAUUUGGAAAAGGAGGUUGUUGGGCUGAAGAAGGAAGUGAGCCUGUUGCGGGGACGGAAUGAACAAGCCACGACGGAGGCUAAUCAGUGGAGGGAUGAAGCGCUAAGACCUGUUAAUAAGAGGGGGAGUGUUGCUGUGAACACGCCUGAGGGACCGGUACGAGGUACGCCGAAGCCUCGAUGGACCGAUAACGUACCAGAAGUCGACAAGUGGAGAGAGGAGUAUCGCAACUUGCGUAACUUACACCAAUUGGCUAAUAUAGAAGCGGAAGAUUUGAAGAAGAAACGCGUUGAGGCUGAAGUGAAACGGAUGGAGGCAGAGCAGCAGGUCAAGAAGCUUGAAGAGAAGAUGAGCAAAUUGACUGCGAGCGGAGAGAAAACCAGGAUGGGUGAGGGAACUAAUUUAAAGGAACGACUUGAAGAGGUGGCUCUUCGAUCGGCACGCAAAGGAGUCAAAGCCACGCCGAACAGAUUUGGCGGGAAAGCUUUCGUGGCGGAAGCUUCUAAUACGGCGACUGAGGUCAAUGAUCGGGAGGAGUUUAUUGAAGAGGAGAAGAAAAAGCUGAGAAUGUUAAGAAAGGCUGGGCUGGAACCGCUGUGCAAAGAAGCGGGCAUCAAAGUUGGGAGGGUUGAAGAAACCAUUUGUGAGCUGGUACAGUAUCGGGCUAAGUUGAGAUUUGGAUCUUUAUCGCGAGAAGGUGUGGCUGCGAAAGAAGCCUGCUCGUUUGUCGAUGUGGAGGAUGACACUUCCAAGGAGACGCGUGAUGGAGAGAAUGUUGAUGAGAGAUUCGUCGAGUUAUAGGAGGUCAUCCCGGACGUGGCGAAACUCUGGCAACUUGCGAAUGAGUGUAAGAUUAA